GAGACAUUCACUCUUGAGUCCUCCUUGGUUUUCACUCGCCUCAACGCAACCCAAAGAAUAAAAAAUGGCCUUCGCUGGUACCCUGAAUGAGGCUGACAUCAAAGCCGCUCUGGACGGCUGCGCAGCUGCUGACUCCUUUGACCACAAGAAGUUCUUCAAGGCAUGCGGCCUGGCCGGCAAGACCGCCGAAGAGGUCAAGAAGGCCUUCUUCAUCGUCGACCAGGACAAGAGUGGCUUCAUUGAGGAGGAGGAGCUGAAGCUCUUCCUGCAGAGCUUCUCUGCCAGUGCCAGAGCCCUCACAGACAAGGAGACCAAGGCUUUCCUCGCCGCCGGUGACGAUGAUGGUGAUGGCAAGAUCGGAGUCGACGAGUUCGCUGCCAUGGUUAAGUCAUAAAAUCUUCACUGACCAAGAUCCACUUCUUUUCAUGGAACUGCAAACCCCUUGCAAGAUUCUGUAUCCACCAGCUGAAAGAAUAUUUUUUUAUACCUUAUUUAUGAGUUGCCUGCGGAUUAUUUCUCAACAUGGAACACAUGUUUUACUGUGAAUGUUACUCAGAUGUGCUAAAUGUUCUGAGACUGUACAACACCAUCUACACUUUUGAGGAAGAGUGAAAAACCAGGAAUAAAUACUCUUUUGGU